CUAUCUAUCGGCUAGGCCUUCCUCGCCGGCCCUUUGGGCGCGGCCAAGUACUUCUGUAUCGGCGCCGGGCUGGUGGUCGCUGUCGGGCUGGUCGCCCACUCGCCUCUUGAGUGUGGCGAUGGACGACCGCAGCAGCUUCAUCGGGAACAUGUGGAACAGACACACCAACGAGUCACCUAAAACUCUGCAUUUGAUGGAUGGCAUGCAGAGAAAAUUGGAGGUGUCUGUGUGUGUUCCUGUAUGUGUGUGUGUGUCUGCAUCUUUGUGUCCGAUCCUCACCUGUACAGGUCUUCAUCUCGGUAGUCGAGGGCGUCAAAACCCUGGAUGAGACGGUUGACGUCACGCGGCGGCAGCAGCAGCGUAGGACCACCACCCCUACCCUCAUCCCUCACGGCAUUGUCUUCCUCCCCCUCCCCCCUCUGGCCCUCCCCGUCCGCUGCUCUGGCUGCGUCCAGCCCCUCUUUGAGCAGCGCCUUGGUCGCAUCCGCAGCCACACGCAGGAACCGUUCAUGCCUCACACCCUGCUGCGCCAUCGCCCACAGCAACACAGCCACGUUCUCCAGCCGAAUCGUGUCAGAUCGACCCUCGUCGUGUGUCCCGUUGCUGAUGUAAUAGUGUGCGAGGGUGCUGGUGUUGGGUGAUGAUGGGAUCCGCAAAGCGAUGGAUGCGGGGGCGUCGGCUCGGUCCAGCCGUAAGAGCAUCUCGUCAGCGAUGGCUGUCAGCAGUGAUGCGCCAUGCUGCCAUUGGUCGCCAUUGGGUGGGCUCUUGUCCUUCCGCGCUGCCACGCCAAGCGCCAGGGCGAGAUGGCCGAGCUGAACGUCGUGCAGAGUGCCCAAUCCUGGACACAGACAGACAGACAGACAGACAGACAUUGAUGGAUGGAUGGACGGACGGAUGUCCCCGGCGUGUUGGCUCUCGUGUCUAUCACUCACUGCACUGACCGUGUUGCAUGGCAGCCUGGCCGACGGCCUCGCAGACCUCCCUGUUGGCCCGGCCCAUCUUGGCCACCGACCACACCAUCAGACUCACGUCACGCCUGCAUCCACAUGAACAACACAUACAUGCGCCCGCGUCUCCCUCCGGCCGCUCUCGACUCUGCGGCUCCCUCCCUCACCAUACCAUGGCCAUGUGUGUGCCUUCUGUAUGAGCAGCCGCCUGGCCGCCAACAUGAGGGGCAGCGGCACACCCACACCCGCACGGGGAAACGCCGACAUCUGACCACAUACAUCCAUACAUACAUAGAGAGAAAAUGGAUUUCUCCCCCUCUCAACGCUUCAUCUCUCCUUCUCACUCACCAGGAGGCACAGCCCCCUUGAUGUGAAGCUCUCCAGCCGUUUGGCGGCCUCUGCUGAUGCGUCGGGGUGGUCAUGGUCACUGGCCGCCGGCAGGCUGGGGACGAGCGCCUCAGCGAAUGUGGUGAGCAGGAGGGGGUCGCGCCACGACCCACCACCGCCGGACCGCUGCGCGUGCUCGGCCAUGCUCCACGCCAGCUGAGCCAGAUCCUGAUCGACGGAUGACACCACACACAUACGCAGAUUAGUGUGUGUAUGAGAGAGAAUGUGUUUGUGUUUGUGUCUUGGCCAUCUUGACCUUUUCGUCGAAUUCCAUGAGGUGUUUGCGUGUCUGUCUGGCGAGCAUGGAGAGGAGCGACGAGGGGCAUGACCGAAUGAGGAGGAGAGAGCUGAAGAGCAGCGCCACCGAGCCGGCCGGGAACAUCUCGACGCUGAUAGAUAGAUAAUGAAUGGUUGGACGGAUGGAGACACAGAAAGAAGAAACAAUGGAAUUAAUACGUCUGUGUGUCUUGAUUGGGCGUGGCGUGUAGCUUGCUGACCUCUCCUCGUCAGCCAGCGAUUGCUGCACGGCGCUGCACACCUCAAGGUCGGCGAGGCCCAGCCUCUCCAGGCCCCACACUGCGAGUGCCAUCUCCCUCGGGGAUGUGUCGUCGAUCUGCCGGAUGAAUGCAGCCCUCAACAUGGCCAGAACCGUCUCGUUGCGAUAGUCUACACAGACACAUCCAUCCACAUGCACAGCCUCACAUCAAUGUAUCUAUCGAACUGGGCGCUCUCCGCCACCCCUUCGCUCACCGCUCGAUGCGGCGACCCAUAUGAGCGUCGACACAUCGCUUGCCACCCCUGCCUCCUCCAGUCCCUUGGCCAGCUUCUCCCCCACCAUCGCCCACACCCCUGCAGUCAGCGCCGCGAUCUCCCCGCCGGUAUCAUCAUCAUCUGGCCCCUGCGUGUGGGUGUGCAGGUGUGUGAUGGCGGUCAGCAUCUGGGUCAGGUGGAAGAGCGUGAGCGCGUCGGGCCGCUGCAGCACGGCGCCCAGUGCGAGGGUGAGGUCGUCAGGGGGCAGGCUGUUGAGCUUGCACAACGCCCACAGACUCAGAGUCAGGUCACUCGCCGGGCCCAUGCUCAUCCUGACACAGAAAGGGACCACAUCUCUCUGUAUGUCGGUCAGCUGUCCGUCCGUCCUGCGACGGACUGACUGACCUGCCGAUGACGUGGUGCCGCGCACCGGCGAGGAACAUGCGUAUGGUGGGGUUGGCGGGGCUGACGGUGCUGCGUGUGAGGCUCCAGAGGGUGAGUGACAGCUCCUUGGUGCUCAGCUGGUGCAAACCGAGCUGAAGCAGACGCUGGAUGCCCACCAGAUACACCUCCUCGCGACCCAGACCGCGGCGCGCGUAGAUGUACAGAAUGCCGCUCACUUCCUGCACAGCAACACACGACCCAUACCCAUUGAGGGAUGGAGUGGCUUGCCGGGCCGGCAUGGGUGGGGUGGAUGGGUCUGUGUUUAGUAGUAGUACCCUGCUGGUGCCUUCGUUGAGGAGGGAUUCCAAAAAAUCCGCGUCAACGAGCUCCCUGUCGGACGGCGCGGUGUGCAUUGCAAAGGCCACGAUGCGCGGCACCAACGGGUCAUCCCCACGCAACCUGCGAUAUGCACACACUCCCGUCGACAAUGGUGCUGUGCUGCUGCCCCCGUCCCCUCCCUCCUUGUGUCUCUCACUGACCUCUUCCUGACGAGCCUGGCGAUCUUCUCCUGCAGCCUGGCCGAGUGCACCCCAAUCCUCGCCAUGCCCCGCGCCAUCCAGAAGGCGCUCAUGGAGGAGCACCACCGGUCCUCCACCCCACAGUAGGCCACCACAACCCUCUCGAUCACCCCCAGGGCCAGGGCACCCACUUGACCGUCCUCCAGCAGCAUCGCCCGCCGUGACGCGGCGUCGUCGGCACGCGAAGUGCGGGGGUUCGAGGGGAAAUCCAGGAAAUGGAGAGAGAGUGCGUCGAGCAGACGGGCCAGCUGGGAGGGGCGGAGGGAGUCGACGAGGGAGGGGGAGGAGAGGAGGAUCUCACACGACUCCAGUAGCAGCACCAACACAGCUGCACCCACCCAUGGAUUGGGACACACAUGAAAUGAACCCGCGAGGCAUCAUUCACACGACUGCAUGCCAUGCAUUCACUGGCAUGCAUGCCUUUCGCACCCACCGUGUUGGUCUUUGAUGUUAAGGUUAUUCUUGACGCUUGGCGUGAGAGAGAAGGCCCGUAGAAGGUUGGCUAUAGCGCCGAUGAGGUUGGGGUCGUGCCGUGACGAGCAGCGGAUGACGUCCUGCCACAGGCGGCCCUCGAUCGUCUUGCUCAGCGCCCGCCACAGCCGAGAUCCUCCGUACUGAAGGAGCAGAGCAGCCCACACGGACCAACACACGUCUGUCUGUCUCUCUGCCUGUGUCAUGUGGAUGGAUAGACGCAAGACGUACGUUGAGGUCUCUGAGUCCGAGCGCCAGGUGCCCCAGGUGUGUCAGGUUCCCCGACGCCAGCAGAUUUACUUCCGACCCCAGCAGCCAAUCCUCCAAAUCCUGCGAAACCAUCACAUACAAACAAGGCAACACCCCAUGUCCAGUGUGUUGCUUGUCUGUCUGUCUGUCUGUCUGUCUGUCUGCCCGCAACACCCUCUCACUCCCACCUGACCUGAAGGAGCUGUGGCGAUUGGUUGCUCUCCCACAGUCUGCCCAGCGCCCACACGAGCCGCGACACAAGCGCCAGUGGGACGGCCGAUGACUGGUUGGUGGCGGGUGCAGGGGAUGACGUGGGUAUGGUAGGGGACAGAAUGGGGGGCUGCAGGAGGAUGCCCUCGUCCUGGGCAGCCUUGAAGGCCUGCGCAAACGUCACCUGGACACAAACACGCCAUGCCCACAUAGAAGAGGUGGGUACGCAUCUUUUCUUGCCUAAGUGGCUGUGUCCCCUCACCGCCAGGCUGAAUGCCUGUUUGUCGGUCCCCUGGGUGGACACAGCGUCCAGCGACUGCCACAGGGUGGUCAGGGAUCUCUCCCUCUCCACGCGCACGUCACCCCUCUCAACCACCACCCGAGCACUGCCCACGGCACGUGCCUCAAAAACGGCACUUUGCUGCUUAAUCCCACCAUCCUUGUGCCCGUUGGCCCACCGCUGGGCUUCUGUCUGUGUGCCGUUCAACCCGCUGCUGUGGGUGGUGGUGGUGGUGGGAGGGGCGAUGUCUGCGAUGCGCUGCUCCAUCGACGAGGCGGUGAGCUCUUCGAAGGGCGUGGAUGUUCGGGGACCGCGACGGCGCAGCGGAGUGCGGAACACCACCUGCACUCACACCACACACAGAGAGCACGACAGACAAUGUGCAGAUGUAACUAACAGAGAGAGGGCCUUCCUUGUACUCCCUCACUCACUGACCUCCACGGUAGGUGUGUUGCCGCUGUCGCCAUCCCUCGCCCCGAUUGUCUCCCGCUCGGCCACCCUCGCGGCCGCCUCCGCCCCGCCUCCCGUCGCCCUCGGUGCGACACCUUUGCCCUUCCGCCGACCCAUUGCGGGCGCAUGGCCUCUUCGAGGCACAUUGCGCGAUGACAGAAAGGCGGCGAGGGCGGCAUCGGCACUCAGCCGUCGUGGGUGCUUCCUCCUGCUUGGGUGGAAUGCCGCUGAAGGAUGCCUCCUACCGUCGGUCGCAUCACUCGCAGGAGGCGACAGAUGAUGAUGCCUGGAAGUAGCUGCUGCAGUCAUGGUAUGAAGCAGUGGUAAGAAUGCCGUCAAGAGGAACAGGAAGAAGCCGAUAGCUGCUGUGCAGGUCGUCAGAGGCCGCAU